CUUGGUGAUGAAGUGGUACUCGGGAGGAUGGCUGCUAUCACAGUGCUGCUGCUGCAUCUGCUGCUUCUGGUCUCAGCUGCUUCUGCAUGGUCCUACUACUCCUACAGGUAUAGGUACUACGGCGGAUCGCUGACCUUCACCCCAAAAGGGCAGAACUCAGACGGGACUUAUGAGGUGGAACUUCGCAACAAGCAAGCCACAUACUGGUGCAAUGUGAACUACUACCAGUGUUCCUCUGGUAAUUGUGGAUCCCAGACACAGGCUAUCUCCACUAAGAUUGCCGCAAAUUCCUAUGGUCUCACCUGGUGCCAAUAUGAUCUGUUGACAAAAAGGAAACUCUACAGCAACCUACCCUUUGAGAUUAGAUACCCAACUCAUAGAAGUAGUUACUAUGGUCAGGGCUUCUGGACAGCAAACAGCAGAAGCUCAAUGGCUCACUGGAGAAUGAUGGCACAUGUGGACCUGGGAACCCGCUCUGAUACUGGUGAAUCUAACAGAUCUCCCAUCACUACCACACUGCCUAUAAUCAGAGUACCCAGGAACUGUCCACGAUCAUUCAAUAUGACCGUAUUUGACCCUGAUGGUGACCGCGUCAGAUGCAGGCCAGCAUCGAGCUCUAGUUCAUAUGAGUGUGGGAUCUGUGGUCUCACUGGAGGUUUCUCUUUAGAUCAGAAUUCCUGCUCCCUACAGUAUACAUACAGUAGUGCUGGAUACCAUCCAUUUGAGCUUGUGGUGGAGGACUUUCCCAACAAACACAUCACGCUGUCCUACUCUGACGGAUCCUACACAACAAAGAGCCCCCUUUCAGUGGGAAGGCGUAAACGCCAAGUUGCCCCCACAGCUGCAACAACUACCCCAUUUCCAACAACAACCACAGCUGCAACAACUACCCCAUUUCCAACAACAACCACAGCUGCAACAACCACCCCAUUUCCAACAACUACCACAGCUGCAACAACCACUACAGCUGCAACAACUACCCCAUUUCCAACAACAACCACAGCUGCAACAACCACCCCAUUUCCAACAACUACCACAGCUGCAACAACCACUACAGCUGCAACAACUACCCCAUUUCCAACAACAACCACAGCUGCAACAACCACCCCAUUUCCAACAACUACCACAGCUGCAACAACCACUACAGCUGCAACAACCACCCCAUUUCCAACAACCACCACAGCUGCAACAACUACCCCAUUUCCAACAACAACCACAGCUGCAACAACUACCCCAUUUCCAACAACAACCACAGCUGCAACAACCACAGCUGCAACAACCACCCCCUUUCCAACAACCACCACAGCUGCAACAACCACCCCAUUUCCAACAACCACCACAGCUGCAACAACCACCCCAUUUCCAACAACAACCACAACUGCAACAACCACCCCAUUUCCAACAACCACCACAGCUGCAACAACUACCCCAUUUCCAACAACAACCACAGCUGCAACAACCACCCCAUUUCCAACAACAACCACAACUGCAACAACCACCCCAUUUCCAACAACCACCACAGCUGCAACAACCACCCCCUUUCCAACAACCACCACAGCUGCAACAACCACCCCCUUUCCAACAACCACCACAGCUGCAACAACCACCCCAUUUCCAACAACCACCAUUCCAACAACCACCCCAUUUCCAACAACCACCAUUCCAACAACCACCCCAUUUCCAACAACCACCAUUCCAACAACCACCCCAUUUCCAACAACCACCAUUCCAACAACCACCCCCUUUCCAACAACCACCACAGCUGCAACAACCACCCCAUUUCCAACAACAACCACAGCUGCAACAACCACCCCAUUUCCAACAACAACCACAGCUGCAACAACCACCCCAUUUCCAACAACAACCACCCCAUUUCCAACAACAACCACCCCAUUUCCAACAACAACCACUUUGUACCGAACAUCGAUUGCUCCUUUGAGCAAAAUUCCCCUGCAGUUUUCUGUUUAUGUGGAGUCAUAUUACGCCCCUUCAUGCAUUGAUGGUGAUUACUUUCCCAUUUUCUUGUCACCAACUCCAAGAAAUGGAGUAAAUCUUCCUGCAUUUGUCAACCAAACUCUCGAAAUCAAUGUCAGAUCCAAAGCGCAAUACACCACGAUUUAUGACCUGAUUGUCACUGGACCACGUGGCAUUUCAAAGCAGAAAAUCUCCACAGGAGAAUAUACCAUAAAAUGGACACCAACUGAAAAUGAAGUGAAUGAACAUUUUUCAAUUUGCUUCAUUUCUGAGGCAAGAGACACGAUUAUCUGGAAAGUCUAUCAAUCAGAGCUACGCUGUGUGACUGUUGAUGUUGAUCACCAUGAGGCCAUUGUGACAUGCAAUGAAACAACAAUAAAGGUGGAAGUGGAAAAGUCCUACCUCAUCAGACGCAAUGAGGACAACUUGCAUCUGAACAACAUCAAGGGUUCUUCCUGCAACCUGACAACACGCUCCAAUGAAACCCACCUGGUGGCGGUCAUGUCACUUAACGAAUGUGGAACCCUUGUAGAGGAGGAUGAAGACAACAUCAUCUUCAAGAACGAGAUCACAUCUGCUGACCCCAAUGAAAUCAUCUCCAGGCAUCAUGACGUCGAGAUUGGGUUUUCCUGCGUCUAUCCCAAGCGAACCAACCUGACCCUGGGAUUCAGGCACAAAAACCCAUACGCCUUCACAGAGAAGGGCUUUGGUGCUUUCACCUUCCAGUUUGAAUUCUUCGAGACCGAGCGGUUCAGAAAACAAGUUGAUAGCAGCACUUACCCAGUGGAGGUGUACCUCAAACAGAUGAUGUUCAUGCAGAUCGAGGCCACCACCUCCAUCCCCAACACCGAGCUGUUUGUGGAGUCCUGUAAGGCAACUCCCUAUGACAACCCGAACUCUCGCAUCAGCUACACUAUCAUCGAAAAUGGGUGCGCGAGGGACAACACGGUGCAGAUCUACCCCAGCUCCAAGUCUCAAUUCAGGUUUGGAAUGGAGGCUUUUGAGUUCAUUGGUGCUCAUGAGGAGGUGUACAUCACUUGCUCAGUCAUGCUGUGUGAGACUGGCGUUGCUGGAACCAGGUGCUCUCAGGGAUGCAUCAGAUCAGGGAACCAUCGCAGCAAAAGAGAGGCUAUGGCCCAGAGCUCCAGUCACUCCAUUUCCCAGGGACCUUUGCACCUGGCUAAAACUUCUGACAGCCAAGCGUCUGGUCUGAGCCUCAAUCUGGGCAUGAACAUCGUCUUCAUUGUUGGCUGCCUCGUGGCAUUUGGAGUGGUGAUCUACCGAUCGAGGAGGUCCAAAGCUAAAUACCAACCCCUGCCAACCUCCGACACAGACUGAAGACUGAUCAUAAGAACGAUUCUCAGCUGCAGUCUGUGUUUUGUUUUUGUUUUUACAUGUUUUUAUAUGUUUUGAGGGUAUCAGUGGUUUGAAUCAUUGCCACACAGCCCAAAAUUACUUCACUUUCAUAGAUAGAGACAGCAUGAAGUAUGCAGUGUGUGAAUUAAAUAUUUUUCUGUCUUUGCUUGUACACAGGGUUAGUCAGCACUGCAUUAAAAAUUAGAAAAAUAAACUUGACUGUGGACAAUAAAUAUCUACAAACCUAUUUUUAAACACUUAAAACACUUAAAAAUAUUAUUUGAAGAGGUUUCAGGGAAACAUUUUAGUCUCUUGAUAUGAACUUUGGUGUCAACUUGCUACGUGAACAAUCAAACUUUUAUUUAAUUUAUGUCAUAAACUUUGUCUGGCUUUUAAUGAGUCACUGACUAAUUAAUUUGUGAGUUAUGAAUAUAAACUUGUGCCCAUAAUCCAAAACAAUGUGGCCUCACUGUUGCAGACCUCAAUUUUAAUUUAAAGAAUAUAGUUUGGCAAGGUUAUAAAUCAAUAGCACAUAACUGGAAGUCAAGACAUCUGAUAUAUUUUCACACCAUGAAUAUAUUUUACCAUUAAACUUGCUCAUGUCCUAAUCACUGAAUCUUUUUAAAAUAAAGACUAAUAAUAUUAUUGUGUAUUAUAUUCAGUCGUUACUUUGCUUCAUAGAAUGCGUCGGCAUGACAGAUUCACACUAUUGUGUUUUAUUCUAGUUCUGUAGGUUUUUCAGUCAACUACUUCUCCUGCUUGCUUUCAGCCACAGAAAUCAUUCAAAUGCAACAAUGCUCAGGACUUCAAGGACAUGCUUGCUUGUAUUCAACUUUUAAACACAUGGUUUAUCAGUGAAUUAUAAAACCUCUAUCUCUGAUUGUUUUUGACAUGUUUAACAAUUAGGACCUCUUUAAUUUUUUAUGAUGUCUCCUUCACUUGAGUUGAGCAGGUAGAUCAGUAGUUAGGUGGUUAGAGUUCAGAGCUGAAGUUGGUCCACGUGGUCAAAGGCUCAAACCCUAAUGAUGGAAAGCUUUAAGAAAUUGUGUCAAACUGUCUUCCCUAGUUUAACAUGUGAAUAGGAUCGAAGAAAUAUUCAUAUAUGUUUUGUACAUAAA